UCCCGACGCUCAGCAUCCCUCAGUUCGCUUAGCAUCCCACAACGGCCUGGACCAGUGACGACUCGCGGUCACAACAUGUACUGUAGAAGUGUAGCUAUGAAUUAUUCGAAUUAUAUCAGCUAAACGAAGAACCUUCAACAUAAAUUCUUUAUUCCACUGCUGUUUUUCGGAUCGGAUCGCAGCGCGCCCAACCCUAAAAAUGGCUGAGAUCACUGAAAUACGAGCAGCUUACGAUAUGUCCCCAGUGCUGGCAGGGUUUAUCGGUGCUGGUGUAUUGGUUAUCGCUGUCGUAGCAUUAAUCUUCGUCUGGACUUGCUGUCAGAAACAUUAUAACAGGACAAGCUACAAGCUCCAUGGCAUCCACUCAGAACACAGUGACCCUCUCACAGACCCUCCAUACAAGUUCAUUCACAUGCUGAAAGGAAUGAGUAUCUACCCCGACACGCUGAUCAACAGCAAGAGGACUGUACGUGUGGCACGUCAGGCCAGAUCUCGCCCUACCGAUGGGACUCAAGUCAACAAGGGCCGCCCUGUGGUGCUGGUAGAUAUGGAUUCAGCAGCAGAGGGCAGUCUGCUGGCGGAGAAACAAAUGCAGAUGAGGCUUGGAGAAUGCAGCCAUGAGGUGCCCAGCCUGGAGCGAGAACUUCCUGUGCGUGCCGAUUACUGCUGUCUGGAGAGCAGCUCUGCAAGCAGCAGUCAGACCUCCAGUACCACCGUUUCCAGCACGGCCACACCCUUUACCCCUGCUGAUGAGCCAAGUCGUGGGGAUCUCAGCAUUGCCAUCGACUAUAACUUUCCCAAGAAGGCCUUAGUGGUCACCAUCCUUGAGGCUCGGGGGUUGCCAGCAAUGGAGGGACAGGCGGGAAGCGCUGACCCCUACGUGAAGAUGACCAUUCUGCCAGAGAAGAAACAUCGUGUAAAGACUCGCGUCCUGAGGAAGACUCUGGAGCCUGCGUUUGAUGAGACCUUCACAUUCUAUGGCGUGCCGUUCAGCUCACUGUCUGAUCUCACUCUGCACUUCCUGGUGUUGAGUUUUGAUCGGUUCUCACGAGACGACGUGAUCGGGGAGGCGAUGGUUCCACUGGCAGGCGUGGACCCGAGUACGGGCCGAGUCCAUAUCACUCAACAGAUCACUAAGAGGAGCAUGCAGUGUGUGAGCCGUGGAGAGCUGCUGGUCUCUCUGUCAUAUCAGCCAGUCUCUCACAGACUCAGCGUGGUGGUGUUAAAAGCAAAACACCUUCCAAAACUGGACAUCACUGGCCUGUCUGGCAACCCAUACGUGAAGUUAAACGUGUUCUAUGGCCACAAGCGCAUUGCCAAGAAGAAAACACAUGUGAAGAAGUGUACACUCAACCCUGUCUUUAACGAAUCCUUCAUCUACGAUGUGCCGUCUGAGUUGCUGCCAGACAUCUCUAUUGAGUUCCUGGUCAUGGACUUUGACCGCACCACUAAAAACCAGGCCUUGGGACGCCUGGUGCUUGGCUCCAACAGCCCCUGCCCCUUGGGUGCUGCCCACUGGCAGGAGGUCUGCCAAAACCCACGGCGCCAAAUCUCAAAGUGGCACACGCUCAGUGAAUAUUAGAGCUUCACUGCACACACCACACACAACCCAACACGGGCACAGUGAAAAACGAACAGAAGUGAGAGUUAUGUGAAAGAUGCCUUUGUUACCAUCUCUAAAGAAGAAGGUAACUAAACUUCAGCAAGACUUGGGGAAAAAAAGACUUUUACAUCAUUACUGUUGUGAUGAAAGGCCUCGGUAUAAAUCUUUUAAAACACAACUACUGUAUAAGUAAUUCCAUUUAACACUAGAACACACUAGUAACACCACCAUUAGUACAACCUAGAACAUAAAAAAAAAAAAAAAAAAAACUUGAUAAGUGUUAAUAAUAACAAGACCAAAUAUAAUAUAACAAGUUCACAGACUGUUAGAAGUUUAUUCUGAAUUCAUUCCGAGGUGGUUUUUAAUGAAAUUGUAUAAGAUGUAAGAGUGAACAGACCUCUCCAUGCACUGGCUUUUACUGCCCUUAUCGCAUGUCUGAACAACACUCCAUAUUUCACCCCAAGGCCACAGCAGAACAGGACAUGGUGUGAACUACGGAUUUGUGAUGCUGUCACACAUUAAAUCAGCUGCAUCUGUGUGUGUGCCAUAUCUCCUAACAGCUGCACAGCUCUUUUUUGGUAUUGUGUGGUCUGAUUUUUCCUCUUUACUUGCAUCCAAAGGAGUUUGUGAUGGGCAGCUUAUCAUAUGUACGGAUUCUCCACUGCACUGAAGUGACACAGAGGUAGUAUGAUCUUUAAGGAUGAUUUGUUCUGUUCUGCAUAGACUGUCUAGAUGUUUCAGAUUCCUGCUGUGUCACAUUCUCCUCUGCUACAAAUUAAGUCAUGUGAUUGUACAACAAUAAUCCUUUGGCAGCACUCAGGACCUGAUUUAUUGCUUUUGCAACAAUUUCAGCAUGCAUUAUGUGGAUAAAUCUGGUCCUGAAAACAUUAAUCUGCACUGCUAUGCUAUAAACACACUCUGAAUGUCACUGUCUGUAUGAAGUCCUGCAAUUUCAUACAUCAGAUCUUCACUUCAGCAUAAAACAGAGGUUCUUUGUUUUAUAGAUCUCUCUAUCCCAUUUCAUCACAUGCUCUUUUUGAGGUGGAAUGGAUUCAAUGUCUUUUUAAAAGCUGUGUGAUAUAGAGAUAGACAAAGAGGUGUGUGUAGUUCAAAGUUGAAAACUUUUAGCAUGUUUAAGGAUGUUCUGAUUCUUGUAGUGUGAUGUGUUUGAGAGACAGAAGGGAAGGAGUCAUAUUAUUUGUAGUUCAUAAAAUCCAGAAAGUACGUGUUCAUAAAAUACCACCAGUCACAAUGCUACAGGUUGUAUAAACUGAAGGAUACCUCACUUCUUCGUCUACUUAUCCAAUAUCCCUUCUCCACCCCAGUGCCCCCUUCAUGUCAUAGGCCACGUCCACUCUUAUAUGUUUUCAUUUGAAAACGCAUUGAUUUUGCGACGUUUACACCUCUCAUCCACACUGAAACAGUAUUUUCCUACACUGAAAACUUUCUCCAUUACUGCAUACUUCAUGACACUUAUUUAUACACAACUUUUGAUAUGCAGUUUCUCUCCAUUUCUGGUUUUCAAACAUCACAUCAAUUCCAAUUAGCCACUAGCAUUAAUCUGGUCUGGUCAAAUACUUUUCUUUCAUCGAAGAAUUGGAUAGACAUGGCAUAACUAAUUCUGGCUGAUAAAAUGCUUCUUUCCAUUCAAGCUUCUGAAGUGCUCCCUCCCUGUGUAAAAGCACAUCCUAUCCACUCAGUAAUGUCCUUCAUGUACAAAACACUUUUUUGUAUCUAAUCACUGGUAUAACAAAAUGAAAAUAUAUUAAAAGAUUCAAACCAUAUAAGAUCCAAGACACAUGAGGGCAAAAAAAAAAAAAAAAAAACAGAUUAAAAAAAAUAAAAACAAAACAAGUCAUUUGUGCUCUAUACACGAUCACUUUGGUGUUAAAAACAUAAAUUGCAGGAACUGUGCAAAAGUUGUUUUAGUGCAAACUAAAAAUGAUCUUGUGAAUAUUUGACAAUAAAAUAUACUGCAAAAUGCUGUGAGAUCUCUGCUAAUGUUAAACACUUACCUGUAUGUUAGUGUUCUUAACACUCACUGAAUGUGCAAAAUAAACGAUACACGAUACACAA